CCUUACAACACCACAGCAAACACACAAAUUAAAACAAACCUUCUUUGCAUAUUCACUAUACCGAAAAAUGGCCUCAGUCCAGUGCUACAAACCAGCUCAGCAAACCUGCAACAACCAAGGCCACCAAAACCACUCUUUUGGCCACAAAAUGUCUGAGAUGGUUGGCUCUUCCUUCAAGAAAGACCACACCCCACAGUGCCAAACCCAACGCCCAGUCACCAAGACCCAGACCCACACCCAUUGCUCCAGCCAAACCGCUUUCCAUGGCCAAACUGCUCAGGGCCAUGCAACUGGUAACGUUACAAAUUGCCAUGGAAAGACAAGAAGGAACAAUGGCGAGCGCAGGAACAGGGGUCUGCUCCAGAAGAUCAAAGAUGGCAUUUCAGGUCACAGUGACAGUGACAGCGACAGCUGCAGCAGCAGCGACAGUGAAAGCGAUGGUGAAAAGUGUGGCAGAAAGAGGAAUUAAGCUGGGACUGAUCAAUCAGAAGGAGAGGCUACAUAAUUUAUAUAAUAAAGAAAUAAUGAAAACUAAAAAGAUAUGCCAGUGUGAAGUGUAUUUGGGCUAAAUAUGCAGCUACAUGAGGUUUAUCUUAUUAAUGAAUAAAUAUUAAAGCUUUAAUAAAUCAA